UAUAGAUCUCACCCACCUCCUUAAUGAAGUAUCUUCCUCACAUCAUUGCUUUUCACCAUUCUUUAUAUAGUCUAGGUAUUAUAAAUUUCCGACAUUUGAAAAGUAAACAUUUCGCUUAUACGGCUUGCACGACUGCUCUUAUUCUAUGAGACGUUUCUACAACAAUACUACUGAUUACAUUUUCACCGAAACAUUCCACGUCCGAAUCAAGAAUUUCUGGUAGUCUCAUCGUGUCCACUACCAAGAGUGGUGAAUUGGCGAACAGAAUCGCCAGCAAGUCCAAGCUGAUUUCUAAUGUGAAUUUUGACCGUAAUACAACCAAGGAGAAAAUUAUUUGACACAUGUUGCUUCCAAAUUCUGCCUCUGGGGCUGUAGAAAACCAUUUCGCUUCAUAUCACCCAUUUCCAUUGAAACCAUUCCCCAAUGACGUUGAGACACCAGAAAGACGUCCGCUAGUGUUACACUUAUCAGAGUCUUCUACAGAGUUGUAUUCUCAAGGAACCGGACAUCAGGAAGAGCGCGAGGAAUGGCCUCUUACGGACUCUACUUCAGAAACUCAUUCUAUUCCUCCUGCGCCUACCAAUUCCACGCCAAAUACGAGUGAAGGCGAACGGAGUCCUCUUCUCACCAGCUAUCCGGUUCUCGAAAGAUGGGGAAAACAAUUGAUGGAAUCCCUGAAGCUGAAACGAAAAUCCCAUAAACGUUCGCAGAAAUCUAUACCCCCGAUAUUUUAUUCGGUUUUUACAGCACCUCCGAACCUGUUAGAUCUUCCCAACGUAGAGCUUACAUACCCGAAUCAUGGAUGCUACAAUCAACCAGAUUUCGCUCAAAAGCUUCGCUCCAUUCAACUUGCUAUUCGUCAGGGAGUGUAUCCACUACUCAUAAAAAAGGGAUCUUCUGGGUCGUAUUUUACAUUGGAAGAGAGCGGUGAAAUUAUAGGCAUCUUCAAACCUAAAAAUGAAGAACCUUAUGGCAGAUUGAAUCCCAAAUGGACAAAAUGGUUCCAUCGGACAAUGUUCCCUUGCUUCUUUGGUAGAAGCUGUCUUAUUCCCAAUCUGAGCUACAUAUCCGAGGCUGCUGCUUGUUUGUUGGAUCGUAGUCUUGGACUUCACAUUGUUCCUUACACGGAUAUUACGUGGCUUGCAUCUCCCACUUUUAACUAUGAUUAUUUUGAACGCAAAGCGUUUUUGUCUGGCAAGAAACCAUUGCCCGACAAAAUUGGCUCUUUGCAACUUUUUCUGCGGAAUUACCAUACCGCAUCCGAGUUCUUUCGCAUGCAUCCAGUCCCUAAAUCGAUGUUGAAUUCCUUAAGUGGGUAUGCGGCUUCCACCUCGAGUGAAGAAUCGUUUGCUGAAGAGGGCGAAUGGUAUACAAACUUCUGGAAUGAAGAGCUUUGCGAGCGAUUUUCACUCGAACUUGAAAAACUGGUACUUUUGGACUACCUAAUGAGAAAUACAGACAGAAAUAUGGAAAACUGGAUGGUUUCUCUUUGUUUUGAACCUGAAUGCCGGCAUCAAGAUGAUCCUAUUUCUAACCAUCAUUCACUUACUGAGGACGACUUACCCCAUUUUCAUAUUGGAGCCAUCGAUAACUCACUUGCGUUUCCUUACAAGCAUCCAGAUGAAUGGCGUUCCUAUCCUCACGGCUGGCUGACGCUGCCUUCUAUCUUUUUGAGAAAGCCAUUUUCGAGCUUUACUCGCACGGUCUUUCUAAACAAGCUCACCUCAAAGGACUGGUGGAACACUCUUUACGUUAAGAUGCGCCAGUUACAUAGUCAGGAUUCUGACUUUGAGGACAAAAUGUUUCGACGACAGUUUUCGUUAUUAAAAGGCCAAGCAUACAACAUUGUUGAGACAUUAAAGGUCCCUGGAAGCAAUGUGUACCACUUAUGUGAAUGCUCGCCGUUUUAUGUCGUGGAUGAGAUUGUUGAAAUAUCACUACCCGAUGCGGCUCUUGACGAAUUUCAGCACCCUACGCCUCCGAUUCAUUCGGUUGGUUACGGAAGUAUUCAAAUACCUGCUUUGCGAAACUAUGCCACAUUUUCCACUCCUUUUUCCACGUCUGCACCGACUCCUGCGCAUGGGUUUUCGAACUCAGAAACCAACCUGAAAGGCAUGAAGGAUGGAAAGGGGUCAAAAAAGGACUGGAAACGAAAACAUUCUCGAACAAAGAGCUGGAACACCGUGGCUUCAAGUAAGCCUGAACGACGUACUGUCAUCUUUGAGCGGUUAAAGCCCGUUUCACACUACCCAUUUUUUACGACUUGCUAAAUUCCAAAUGCUUUUAAGGCCACUAGACGUUGCCGUCUGUCACUGAUACCCUCGAGCUUUCUAACAUACCCUGCAUCUUCAAUGAUUUGUCCUCGGAUAUCCUUCCCGCUGCGAUUUCCUGUAUUCACAGUUUUCUUCAACGACCCAGGUUUGACACUGGAAACUCUUAUUUCAUUUUUCAUUAAUCCUUUCUUGACCAUACCCUGCGACUCAUACAUUCAAUUUUCAAUCUUUUGAUACGUCUAUCUUUUUCUCGUCUCGUCUUGUCUUUUAUUUCUUUUCUUUUUCUUUUCUUGUCUUUCAUUUUUUCUUCUUAACGCUUUAUGUAAUAAAACGUCCUCUACACUGGUCAAUGUAAUUUAAUAAAGCGUUGUAUUUCACUAAAAUUGCUUUCUUGUCAACAAGAAAAUUAAAAACUCGCCAUGAAUAGAACCACCCAUCCCGCUAAUGAUAGACGAUAAUUGCAUUAAAAUCAUAAUCAAAUCGUUUCAUUCCUUACUUCUACGUCUCAAAUCGGUCUCGUGGGU